AUGGGGCAUAGAGCUCCCGAUGGAAUAAUAAAACAGCUGCAUCCAAUACCAUUGGGAAAAUUUAACAAAGUAAAAGGAAUAAAGGAACCUCUUACACCAAGGUUAGCCAAGAAAUCUGCACACGUCAAGCUUCUUGAGUGCGGGCGCAAGAUUACUUUCACUAGCACAACCUGUGUUGAGCUUACAAAUUCUCGUUUUGCUCGGGUUGACUUUUUGGACAGAAGCCCCACAAAACAUAUCAGGGCAUCUCAUAACAAGACGAAUCCGAUAUCCACAGAAUAG